AAACAAAAUGGUUCAAUCCAUUUUGGGUCUCAUGCAUUCUGGGUAAUCAAUGGCUGCCAGGAAGUACAGUACAUGUACAUCUUCUGAUUGUCUCUGAAACAAGGCAGCACAUUGAUUUACUGGUGAUUCCUUUCAUUGGCAUCACAACUCUACUCUGGUUACGAAGCGCCUGUACCAUACCACCAAGAUGGAGGCGCUCAAUCUUGGAGAGCCAAACCUGCAGAAUCUCAGCGGUGGGGAGAAUCGCGAGGUGGACACCCGCCCACCUAAGCAACCAACAGCCUCCAAGAGCCCCAUCCCAAAUACCCCCACCCAGGGUGUGUCCCAGAACACCCUGCCUAUUGCCAUUCCAUCCAAGGACAAUCGCACACCCAUCCAGAACGUCAUCCAGCCAGCGAGUCCCAUGCUAAUUGCGCCCCGGCGCCCUCUUGGUGACAACUGGCAAGCCAAGGGGGCUACGGUGAGGGAACGCAAUGCCUGCCUGUACAACAAUGUACUGAUGAGCAACGUGAAGUUCUUGGUGGGGCCCAAGAACGGGCAGCAACGGGUGCCUGCGCACAAGUACAUCCUAGCAUCUGGGAGCUCUGUAUUCUUUGCUAUGUUCUAUGGGGAUCUUGCUGAGAACCAGACAGAAAUUGUCAUACCAGAUGUUGAACCACAGGCCUUCCUCACUUUACUCAAAUACCUGUACUGCGAUGAAGUGGACCUUACUCCAGAUAAUGUUCUGACCACUCUGUAUGCUGCCAAGAAGUACUAUGUGCCCCACCUUGCCCAAGCCUGUGUGUGCUUCCUAGAGCGUAGCCUGAGUGCUAAGAAUGCCUGCGUCUUACUGAGCCAAAGCCAUCUCUUCGAGGAGCCUGAUCUUAUGCAGCGUUGCUGGGAGGUCAUUGAUGCCCAGGCCGAGGUGGCUCUUGCAUCCGACAGCUUCUUGGAGGUCGACUACAAGACCCUGGAGAGCAUCCUGAUGCGUGAGACACUCAACAUCAAGGAGAUUGUGCUCUUCCGGGCGGUCUCCCGGUGGGCCGACGCAGAGUGCAGUCGCAAGGGGCUGUACCCCAACCCAGAGAACAAGCGCAAGGUGCUGGGCAAGGCACUGUACCUGGUCCGCAUCCCCACCAUGCCCGUGGAGGAGUAUGCCAACGAAGCUGCCCAGUGUGGCCUGCUCACCUUGCAGGAAACCACCGAUGUGUUCCUCCACUUCAUGGCCGCCAACAAGCCCAAGUUGCAGUUUGCCUGCCACCCCCGCAAGGGCCUGCGUACCUGCAAGGUGCAUCGCUUCCAAUCUUCAGCCUAUCGCAGCAACCAGUGGCGAUACCGAGGCCGAUGCGACAGCAUCAAGUUCUCCGUGGACAAGCGCGUCUUCAUCGCUGGCUACGGGCUGUACGGCUCCAGCUCGGGAGCCGCGGACUACGGCAUCAAGAUGGAACUAAAACAGAGCGAGAGUGGGAAGGUUCUAGGCGAGGCACAGACCAACUUCUUCUCGGACGGCUCCAGCAACACCUUCCCGGUCAUGUUCCCUAAUCCAGUGCAGGUUGAACCCCGUGUCUACUACACAGCCAGUGUGAUACUAUGCGGUUCCGAAUUGAGCUAUUUUGGCCAAGAAGGCCUGACAGAGGUCACAGACCACCAUGUGACCUUCAAGUUUGAAUGCUCACCUGAAAGCACAAAUGGCACUGGUGUCCAGGGCGGCCAAAUCCCUGAAUUGAUCUUCUAUGCAUAAUUUAUAAUAUGAACACAAAACUCUCAAAAAGUGUCUUGUUCAACUGGCUUUUUACUAAUUCGUUAUGACUGUGGGCUGUAUUUGCAUACACCUGUCAUGCCUGUACAUGUAGCUUGUUAUGAUUUUUUCCUUAAAGCAGACUUCAAGGGAGAAAUGUAAUUGAGUUUGUAAAUUUGGAAAAAAUUCCAUGGUAGGGUUUUGCAGUCAUGUUAGGAUCUAGCAAAAUGCAUACGAAGAUUGGCUUGAAUGCAGGUGCCUACAUGUACAUCUACCUAUUCAUGUACAUGCAUCUGAAUGUACAUGUAUGUAUUUGAGUCCAUCACAAGUUCCUACAAGUCUCUGUAAGUCCAUCAUACACUGUAACUCAUUCAGUCUUAAGCCAAUUCACAAGCUAUUCAAAUGAUCUGUGACAAAAGCAUUCCUUUGUCAUUGUUCACCUUGUUUCUUAUGACUGGCCUUGUGACUUACCUGUGAAGGGACUUGUGAUGGACUUGAAUACAUUGUACAAAACUGGUCUGAACUUUUCAAAAGGUACACUUAGAUGAAAGGCUUUGCACAUGUACAGGAUUCUCAUCACUGUUAAUUUUGCAUUCAGCUUUGCAAGUUGGCAAAUUCAUGUACAUGUAAUCACAGUCCCACAAGCUAGUCAAGCACCUUUGUCCUGUUUGUAAUGUUCAUGCAUGUACAUGUAGUGCAUUAGUGAAUAAAUGUACUUGACAUGUGAAAAGCAACUUACACCAAAAUGCUGACAGGUUCAGUAAGAGCAUGCACGUGAAGUAUUCAUCUUGUUUUUACACUGUGUUUUAUUGCAGAUUGCUUUGUUACAUGUAUGUGUUAAUGUGCAUUUGCAUGAGGCUGGACCUAGUAACUGCAACAGAUAAAUUUCAAUGAAUCCUUAAAAACUCUUGUGACACCUUAUUUAACAGAGAGUUAAAGGUAGACUAAAGUGUGUGGCAAUGUAUUAAUCCUGUGGGCAAAACCCAAAUUGCAAGCUACUACUGUACAUGAUCUAGUGAAAAAAAGUAGGUACCUGUAACUUUCUGUACAUGAAAUACAAUACUGGAAAUAACUCACAACUUUGUUCAAAAUCUGCAAGUGUUUCUCCGUAAAACAACUGGUGGGGAAUUUUUUCUUAUUGUGGGGGGUGGGUGGGAUAAACCACACUCACUUGUACACGUAAAUGAUGUAUGAAAUCUGUAAAAUACUAUCACUUGCUCUCUACCAUUCUUUUCAGGUACAGAUUAUGUACCUAGGGAAGUGUCAUUUCAAACAAUCCAGCAACUGCCUAUAAAUAAAAUCACUGCCUCUUUCAUGUCUUUGAAAAGAGCACUCCCUUGGUACUGUACAUGUGCAGGUGCAUACUGUAUAUUCCACCACGGACUGCAAAAUGUUAUUUUUCAAUAUACAUACAUGUAUGUGCCUACUCGGUGUCAAUAACAUUUGGGAUAAUGACACCGGCCUUUUCCUUCUUGUGUCUGUGGUAAACUUGUAUUAUCCCAUGAGUAACUCCAGGUUAGUCAUCACAUGGUUCUAUAGAUCAAGUGUAACUUGCCAAAAGUGUAACGCGUCAGUGGGACAAGUACCGGUUUUUUGCAUAAUAUAGUCAGGUUUGUACAUGUAGUGUUUUGGCCGGUUUACUGUUAGGAAAAUGGGAUUGAAUCCCCUUGCUCAAGUUCAAGUGCCAAUGCAAAGAAUGCGCCGUUCGUUUCCUACACAGUGGCAGAGAUAGGAAGGUUCUUACUAAAAAAUUAUCCAGUGAUUUCUAACAGGACAGGUUUUUCUAUCCUGAGAUGGAAUCCUGUGGCAUAAUAGAAAGCACUGCAUCCACCUGGGCCUAUUGCCAAUGUUGAAGUGUGGACGGGGUAAACAUGGUAAAGCUCUUUUCUAAGAAUCCUACUGCAUGAAAUCCGCAUGUACUUUGAACUCUGAACAUGAACUAGAAACACCAAUUGUGAACUGCUGCAUGUCUUUCUAGUACUUAGCCUGUAAGACAGAACACAAAAGAAACAAAGGAUGUUCCCCAGUCCUUGUGAUCAGUGGUUUGUCGCCAGUAGUACAUAUACAUGUAAAUUGCCUCUACUUAGUCUGUGAGUCUGUGAGAAACACACUGCCCUCUGUGUAAAUGUAACUUUAUUUUCCGGUAAUCAUAACACCUGGUCGUUUGCAUUGGCCCCCUUUAAUGGUGGUAAGUAUCAUGACAGCUAUUGCCGUGAUAGUCACUUCAUACAAAACCCUAUGCAAUGCGUACAACCAUUGAAGGGGGGCCGUCAGUAAUGUCCAAUGAAGUGUCAGUGGAUUCGUCUACAUGCACAUGUAUACCAGUCCAAAUAGGUGAACACCAUACAGUCUGUCAGGAGGAAGCCCCAGUGAUGAUAAUAACACUAAAUAACUUCCAUCCAAUCACAUUGACAGCUACUAUUCAGGGAAAAAAAUUAGGGGCCCGUUACUUUGUACAUUACUGGUAGCUUGGGUUCAAGAUGAAUCAAUGUAGGCUCAGAGUUAUAGCAAUGUAUAUUUACUACUUAAUAGUUCAAUGAAAUAAAUGAAAGACAUGUCAGAACAAAGUCAGUUAUCUGCA